AUGGAUCUUGUGCUGCACACCAUGGAGCGAUGGGAGAGAGGGGGUUUUCCCACACCCCCAUCCAUUUCACCCCAACCCACAACGCUGUCCACUCCUCCGUCACCUGGACCCAGUGGGAUUCGGCUCUCGCUCCCGAGGGCAUAUGAUGGGACGGCUGCUGGGUGCCAGGGGUUUCUGCUCCAGUUGGAGCUCUACCUGACGACCGUCCACCCGGCUCCCUCGGGACACGAGAGCGUGUCCGCCUUCAUCUCCUGUUUGUCGGGGAGAGCCCUUGACCUGGUGUCACCUGCAAAGGAGGUGGAGUUCGACCUGGAGCGCAAGAGCCUGCUCUACCCCAAGGACUCCAAGACCUUCAACUGUCGGGUGGAGUACGAGAAGGUGAAGCGCAAUAACAGGGUGGCGCUCUGCAACCGCGAACCAUCUAAGACCUGUUCCCAGGAGCAGACCCAGAGCCAUGUGACCUGGAUUUGUUCCAAGCUCUUCCAGAUAUCUUUCUAUAGUACGGACUAUCGCUUGGUGCAGAAGGUCUGUCUGGACUACAACUUCCACAGUCAAGGGUCCUAUAUGCCCUCAGGCUGA